AUGGAACCUUCCACUGAAAAUAUAUUCCAUAUCAUCGAACAUAUUGUUCCGUGUCAGCAUAUUAGGGAAUACCCUGGUGCGACCGUUAACGGCCAGGCUGAUGGCUUGCAACUAGCCGUUAAGCAAUACAUUCCCCUGGAUAAUCCCAAUCCCGAACCUGGCGAUGUGACUAUAUUGGCCGCGCACGGCAAUGGGUUUCCCAAGGAACUGUAUGAGCCACUGUGGGAGGACUUACAUAAAUCCUCAAAAUCCGAAGGAUUCCGUAUUAGAGGAAUUUGGAUGGCGGACGCAUCAAACCAGGGACAGAGUGGUGUUAUUAAUGAAGGAUUGCUUGGAAAUGAUCCGAGCUGGUUCGAUCAUUCCAGAGACCUUCUCCAUCUUAUCAAUGUCAAGCGAUCUGAUAUGCCACAACCUUUAGUUGGCAUUGGACACAGCAUGGGCGGAUUACAUAUGGCAAACCUCAGUUUAAUUCAUCCCCGACUUCUCCACAGUCUUGUUCUCGUGGAACCUGUCAUCCAACCCGAAACCAAUGAGAUAAGCACCGCACUAGCAAACCUAUCUUUAUACCGCCGUGACCGGUGGCCUUCCCGCGAGGCAGCAGCCAAAAAAUUCCGCGAUAGCCCAUUCUACCGAAAAUGGGAUGAACGAGUACUACAGCAGUGGGUGAAACAUGGACUACGCAACACCCCGACAGCAAUAUAUCCCCUGGACACCUACCUACGAUCUGAGACUGAAAGGGAAGCCAUGAAUAUUACACUGAAGACAACACGUCAGCAGGAGGCCUUUACAUACAUAAGGCCAACCUUCGACCAUACAGGACAUUUCGGCACCCACACGACACAUCCAGACCUUGAUAAAGCAACAUCGACCCUAUUUUACUGCCCCGAGCCAGGUAGGGUCUUUGCACAGCUUCCAUUUCUCAGACCAAGCGUGUUAUACAUAUUUGGCGGCAAAUCAGAGGUGUCCCCUCCUGUUCUGAGAGAAGACAGGGUCAGAAAUACCGGCAUCGCGGUAGGCGGCAAUGGAGGUGCUGUGAACGGUCGUGUUCGGGAUAUUUGUUUCGACCAGGUUGGGCACCAAAUUCCCCAGGAGGUGCCUCGCGAGUGCGCAGAGGCUAUAUCUCGCUGGCUGGGACCCGAAUUAAACCGCUGGCAUGAAGAAGAUAAGGCUUUCCGCGCCGAGUUUGAUCGAAUGAGCCCGGUCGAAAAGGUAACUAGUUGCGAUCGAUGGAAGUACCUUUUGCCUAAUCCGUACCGCCGUGAACAAACGUAUGGCAAAUCACAGCUGUAA